AUGUUUCGGAAGUACCGAGAUGACUGGUGCAUCCAGCACGGACUGGCUCCACCCCCUGAUCUAGGAGACAUGUACCUACCUGACCGUCAGAGAACGUUACCCGGAGCUAGGGAUGCCAGGAACAUUCCAAAUGUGAAUCUUCGUGCGUCGCGCGCCAAUCUGGCCACCGUCAAACCGCCCUUGAAACGCAGCCCUAGGGACGCUGCCCGUGACGUCAUGAUUAGCUACAGUCACGCUGAUAAGGAAAUGAUGGCUAGAUUAAGAGACGGCCUGGAGAGGCACGGGAUAUCAGUGUGGGUGGAUACCGUCGGGCUUAGUCCGGGUGUCAACUUCCUCUCCACCAUCGGACAGGCCAUCGUAGAUGCUAAGCUCUUCAUCAGUAUGGUCAGCCGUUCGUCGAUCAAGUCCAAGUUUUGCCAGGAUGAGUUGGCCUUAGCUUACGUCUCUUCCAAACCUAUUUUCCCUGUGGCCUUGGAAGACAAAAGCGUGUUGUUUCCACUCAUGGGUACAGACAUCCGACUGCAGCUUGCAGGUUUCAAGUGGACGCCAUUCCAUGCACCCUAUACCUUUGAUGACAGUUUUCGACAUUUGUUGAUAAUCCUUCAAGAUGAGAAGAACAAUAUUAUCAACCGUAGCAGGCAGCAAGCUCCGGGAAGCCUAAGUUUAGGAGAACAUGCCCGCCCGGGUUCUGUCCAGUCAAAAAGACGGAAGUUUUAUCCGGUCCGCCCAGUCACAGUGAAUACUGAACCACCGGAAGUGAACAAUAAACUGGGCCAGGGCCCAGAGCGUUUCUGGUCAGAGAACUUCGGCCAGGACAGACAGGUGACAUGGAACAGAUUUUGGACGGCGGUUUGCGAGCUUUACCGGGAGGAGAUGCAGGAGUUGUACGGGAAUGACCGACUAGAUUGGCUCUCUCAGAUCCUACAGCGAGAGAUGUGCGUCACUGAGGACACGCUGUCUGAGGCAAACUUCUUAGAAUUUUGUACACAAGAUGGUGAGUAUUAUCCGUUCUGGGUUUGCAUGGAGGAACAAGCCAAAGAGACUGUGGCCAUGAAAGAGGUUUUCAACAUGGAAUCUUCCGUCAGAGUAGAAGCCAUCGAAAAUUUGUCCAAGAUUAAGAGUCCCGCUGUGGUAGAUGCUCUCACCGAUCUGCUAGCAGACGACAGCGCUGACAUCCGGGCUGUUGCCGCCAUUUCUCUGGCACGCCUAGAUUCCAAUGACGACUUGGUCGUUGACAAACUCCGCCUGACGCUGAGAGAUCCCGACCGUCUGGUCCGAGAAGCAGGCUGUAUAGCCAUGGGCAAAUUGAAAAUAAAAUCCGCUGUGAAAGAACUACUUCACAUCUGGCGAAAUGACGUCAUUGCUGACGUCAGAGCUUCGGCGGAGUUGGCUCUGCACCAAAUUGGAGGUCCCGAUGUUGACAGAGAGAUGAAAGUGACCAAAGUUUUAGGAGAAGAAAUUCGGAUGUUGACUAACAGAUUUUGAAAAUUAUAUAUUUUAUACAUGACUAAUUAUUCUGAAUAAAACCCCACUCAACGCGAAGUUAUGUAUAUAUAGCCCCAACGUGCUGUACUAACGCCAGAAUUAUGAACAGCAGCUACACGGUAAUGCUGAAUGGGAAAAUAGGCCGAUCGAUUGAAACUACACAUCCAGGGGUGACAUGGCUAAAU